CUUCCUUCUGUCUCCACCGCCGCCGACGAGCCGCGCAACCGCACCCACAUUACACGACCGACGACUCGCACAGAUCGGAGAGUGAGCGAGCGAGAGAUGGCCGGGAGGCUAACCGCGGCGGGAUCCCGCAUCCUGGGCGGCGGCGGCGCACGCGCCGCGGCCUCCGCCCUCCGGCACCGCGCCGGCAUGGGCCUCCCCGUCGGCCGCCACAUCGUCCCCGAUAAGCCCGUGCCCGUGAACGACGAGCUGGUGUGGGAUAACGGCACGCCCUUCCCGGAACCCUGCAUCGACCGCCUCGCCCCGCACAUCGGCAAGUACGAGGCGUUGGCGUGGCUGUGCGGAGGGCUGGGGUUCUUCGCUGUCCUUGGCGUGGCUGCUGCUGUGAACGACAAGGCCUCCAAGAUACCAUAUACUCCCAAAGUCUACCCGUACGACAACUUGAGAGCUGAACUUGGUGACAGACCAUUUUAGAUUAUUCAUCUGUUUGAUGACAAGGCACUUUGAUGAAUUUAGCUCUAUAUCUCCUUCCAUCAGAGAAAAGCAGGGAAAACUUGUUUACCAUGGUUGUUUUUAUUUUGUUGUGAUUGCCUUGUUGUAAACUACCGUUGUGUGAUUUGCUGUGAAGCAUGGGUUUGCCCUACAAUAAUGCAACCAGCUCCUUAUGCUACGGAUUCGAGUAUUAACAAUCCAUCCGGUGCCAGAAUUUCUUUUGUUCA